GGUUUUAACAAGCCGCUGUUUCCCGUCUUUUCCUCAGGCCUGGAGAAAGGCAGUCAGUACAGCUUCCAGGUGGCAGCCAUGACAGCUAACGGCACCGGCCCAGCCAGCGAGUGGUUUACCGCCGAGACGCCAGAGAACGACCUUGAUGGUGAGAAAGAAAACACUUUAUUUACACUUCAGUCUCGCCUCGUCUGCGUUCCAAAUGGCACCCUAUGGCCCUGGUCAAAAGUAAUAUGCCAUUUAGCAGACGCUUUUAUCCAAAGCGACUUACAGUCAUGUGUGCAUACAUUUUUACGUAUGGGUGGUCCCGGGGAUCGAACCCACUACCCCUGGCGUUACAAGCGCCGUGCUCUACCAAUUAGAGAAUAGGGCGCCAUUUUAGAUGCAACCCUCCUCUCUUCCUCCUCCUCGGAUGCAACCCUCCUCUCUUCCUCCUCCUCGGAUGCAACCCUCCUCUCUUCCUCCUCCUCUGGCAUGCCUUCCUGUCUAUUGCCUGGGGAUAUUUCUAAAGAUACGGUAUCUCUGGUCUAAACUCUGAUAUUCAGACACAUCCAUCUCUUUAUUCCAUGUUGUGUGUGAGUCAGGUACAGUGGCUUGCGAAAGUAUUCACACCUCCUUGGCAUUUUUCCUAUUUUGUUGCCUUACAACCUGGAAUUAAAAUAGAUUUUUUGGGGGGGUUUGUAUCAUUUGAUUUACACAACAUGCCUACCACUUUGAAGAUGCAAAAUCUUUUUUAUUGUGAAACAAACAAGAAAUAAGACCAAAAAAAACAGAAACCCUGAGCGUGCAUAACUAUUCACCCCCCCCGAAGUCAAUACUUUGUAGAGCCACAUUUUGCAGCAAUUACAGCUGCAAGUCUCUUGGGGUAUGUCUCUAUAAGCUUGGCAUAUCUAACCACUGUGAUUUUUGCCCAUUCUUCAAGGCAAAACUGCUUCAGCUCCUUCAAGUUGGAUGGGUUCCGCUGGUGUACAGCAAUCUUUAAGUCAUAUUACAGAUUCUUAAUUGGAUUGAUGUCUGGGCUUUGACUAGGCCAUUCCAAUACAUUUAAAUGUUUCCCCUUAAACCACUUGAGUAUUGCUUUAGCAGUAUGCUUAGGGUCAUUGUCCUGCUGGAAGGUGAACCUCUGUCCCAGUCUCAAAUCUUUGGAAGACUGAAACAGAUUUCCCCCAAGAAUUUCCCUGUAUUUAGCGCCAUCCAUCAUUCCUUCAAUUUUGACCAGUUUCCCAGUCCCUGUCGAUGAAAAACAUCCCCACAGCAUGAUGCUGCCACCACCAUGCUUCACUGUGGGGAUGGUGUUCUCGGGGGUGAUGAGAGGUUUUGGGUUUGCGCCAGACAUAGCGUUUUCCUUGAUGGCCAAAAAGCUCAAUUUUAGUCUCAUCUGACCAGAGUACCUUCUCCCAUAUAUUUGGGGAGUCUCCCACAUGCCUUUUGGCGAACACCAAACGUGUUUGCUAAUUUUUUUCUUUAAGCAAUGCUUUUUUUCUGGCCACUCUUCCGUAAAGCCCAGCUCUGUGGAGUGUACGGCUUGAAGUGGUCCUAUGGACAGAUACUCCAAUCUCCGCUGUGGAGCUUUGCAGCUCCUUCAGGGUUAUCUUUGGUCUCUUUGUUGCCUCUCUGAUUAAUGCCCUCCUUGCCUGGUCCGUGAGUUUUGGUGGGCGGCCCUCUCUUGGCAGGUUUGUUGUGGUGCCAUAUUCUUUCCAUUUUUUAAUAAUGGAUUUAAUGGUGCUCAGUGGGAUGUUCAAAGUUUUGGAUAUUUUUUUAUAACCCAACACUGAUCUGUACUUCUCCAUAACUUUGUCCCUGACCUGUUUGGAGAGCUCCUUGGUCUUCAUGGUGCCGCUUGCUUGGUGGUGCCCCUUGCUUAGUGGUGUUGCAGACUCUGGGGCCUUUCAGAACAGGUGUAUAUAUACUGAGAUCAUGUGACACUUAUUUUGCACACAGGUGGACUUUAUUUAACUAAUUAUGUGACUUCUAAAGGUAAUUGGUUGCACCAGAUAUUAUUUAGGGGCUUCAUAGCAAAGGGGGUGAAUACAUAUGCAUGCACAACUUUCCCGUUAUUUAUUUUGUAUAAUUUUUUUACAAGUUUUUUUUUUUCAUUUCACUUCACCAAUUUGGACUAUUUUGUGUAUGUCCAUUACAUGAAAUCCAAAUAAAAAUCCAUUUAAAUUACAGGUUGUAAUGCAACAGAAUAAAAAACACUGUAUGUAAAUAUUUAUACUCGUGGUGAGACCAAAGGUGUUUAUAUGCAGUUUUACAGAUUGAGCAUCAUCAAACAUGCUGUGCUGGUAUCCUCUAUGCUCCAAGGGCAAUUUGAUGGAAGAAAGAGAGGGAGGGGGAGAGAGAGAGAGACGGGGGGAGAGAGAGAGACGGGGGGAGAGAGAGAGACGGCGGAGAGAGAGAGACGGGUGGAGAGAGAGAGAAACAGAAAUGCAAACAAAGAGAGAGGGGUGGAGAGAGAGAGAGGCAAAGAGAGAGUAAUCAAGAUUGAGAGAAAGAGAGAGAUUAAGAGAGAAUAUGCAUGAGAGACAGCGUUCACUGUAAAUAUGCACCAGCUGUUUCAAAUGUCUCCCAGUUCUGUAGUUCCUGAGGCCAUGCUGGAUUAACUUCCAGUUCUGUAGUUCCUGAGGCCAUGCUGGAUUGACUUCCAGUUCUGUAGUUCCUGAGGUCAUGCUGGAUUAAUUUCCAGUUCUGUAGUUCCUGAGGUCAUGCUGGAUUAAUUUCCAGUUCUGUAGUUCCUGAGGUCAUGCUGGAUUGACUUCCAGUUCUGUAGUUCCUGAGGCCAUGCUGGAUUAUCUUCCAGUUCUAUAGUUCCUGAGGCCAUGCUGGAUUGACUUCCAGUUCUAUAGUUCCUGAGGCCAUGCUGGAUUGACUUCCAGUUCUGUAGUUCCUGAGGCCAUGCUGGAUUGACUUCCAGUUCUAUAGUUCCUGAGGCCAUGCUGGAUUGACUUCCAGUUCUAUAGUUCCUGAGGCCAUGCUGGAUUGACUUCCAGUUCUGUAGUUCCUGAGGCUAUGCUCAGGAUUGCUUGACUGGAAGCCUGGAAGCCUGGCAACUCUGAACAUAAUGACUGGCAGCCUGGCAACUCUGACCAUAAUGACUGGCAGCCUGGCAACUCUGAACAUAAUGACUGGCAGCCUGGCAACUGACCAUAAUGACUGGCAGCCUGGCAACUCUGACCAUAAUGACUGGCAGCCUGGCAACUCUGACCAUAAUGACUGGCAGCCUGGCAACUCUGACCAUAAUGACUCCAGCAGCAACACUCUGCUCUCACAGUGCACUACCUUUGACCAGGACCCACAGGGUGCCAUGUGGGACAUAACUGUACCUGGCUGCCUGGCUACCUGGCUCAAACAUAAAAGCAUUUUGUUUCAUAUACACUUUACAUAUCCUGACCAGAACAAGCUGUGUCAGCCAGGCAAACUAGUAAGGAGAUUUAAACAGGUAAUAAUGCAUGAAGGAGAGCAGGGAGAUAUGGAAGGGAUCAAUCAGGCAGAUGCAUUUAGGAGAUGUAAGGGAUCAAUCAGGCAGAUGUAUUUAAUAGAUGGAAGGGAUCAAUCAGGCAGAUGCAUUUAGGAGAUGGAAGGGACCAAUCAGGCAGAUGCAUUUAGGAGAUGGAAGGGACCAAUCAGGCAGAUGCAUUUAGGAGAUGGAAGGUGUCAAUCAGGCAGAUGCAUUUAGGAGAUGGAAGGGGUCAAUCAGACAGAUGCAUUUAGGAGAUGGAAGGGGUCAAUCAGGCAGAUGCAUUUAGGAGAUGGAACGGGUCAAUCAGGCAGAUGCAUUUAGGAGAUGGAAGGGGUCAAUCAGGCAGAUGCAUUUAGGAGAUGGAAGGGAUCAAUCAGGCAGAUGCAUUUAGGAGAAGGAAGGGAUCAAUCAGGCAGAUGCAUUUAGGAGAUAGAAGGGGUCAAUCAGGCAGAUGCAUUUAGGAGAUGGAAGGGGUCAAUUAGGUAGAUGCAUUUAGGAUAUGGAAGGGACCAAUCAGGCAGAUGUAUUUAAUAGAGGGAAGGGAUCAAUCAGGCAGAUGCAUUUAGGAGAUGGAAGGGGUCAAUUAGGUAGAUGCAUUUAGGAGAUGGAAGGGACCAAUCAGGCAGAUGUAUUUAAUAGAGGGAAGGGAUCAAUCAGGCAGAUGCAUUUAGGAGAUGGAAGGGAUCAAUCAGGCAGAUGCAUUUAGGAGAUGGAAGGGAUCAAUUAGGUAGAUGCAUUUAGGAGAUGGAAGGGACCAAUCAGGCAGAUGCAUUUAGGAGAUGGAAGCGGUCAAUCAGGCAGAUGCAUUUAGGAGAUGGAAGGGAUCAAUCAGGCAGAUGCAUUUAGGAGAAGGAAGGGAUCAAUCAGGCAGAUGCAUUUAGGAGAUGGAAGGGGUCAAUCAGGCAGAUGCAUUUAGGAGAUGGAAGGGGUCAAUUAGGUAGAUGCAUUUAGGAGAUGGAAGGGACCAAUCAGGCAGAUGUAUUUAAUAGAGGGAAGGGAUCAAUCAGGCAGAUGCAUUUAGGAGAUGGAAGGGAUCAAUCAGGCAGAUGCAUUUAGGAGAUGGAAGGGAUCAAUCAGGCAGAUGUAUUUAGGAGAUGGAAGGGGUCAAUCAGGCAGAUGCAUUUAGGAGAUGGAAGGGGUCAAUCAGCCAGAUGCAUUUAGGAGAUGGAAGGGGUCAAUCAGGCAGAUGCAUUUAGGAGAUGGAAGCGGUCAAUCAGGCAGAUGCAUUUAGGAGAUGGAAGGGGUCAAUUAGGUAGAUGCAUUUAGGAGAUGGAAGGGAUCAAUCAGGCAGAUAUAUUUAAUAGAUGGAAGGGGUCAAUCAGGCAGAUGCAUUUAGGAGAUGGAAGGGGUCAAUCAGGCAGAUGCAUUUAGGAGAUGGAAGGGGUCAAUCAGGCAGAUGCAUUUAGGAGAUGGAAGGGGUCAAUCAGGCAGAUGCAUUUAGGAGAUGGAAGGGACCAAUCAGGCAGAUGCAUUUAGGAGAUGGAAGGGGUCAAUCAGGCAGAUGCAUUUAGGAGAUGGAGGGGGUCAAUCAGGCAGAUGC